CACCUUCCAAGACGGGAACGACAAUUUCGCGUUGGUACAGCUCCUCAGCGGAGACGGCGACCAAGGCCAAGGCGAAGACAAUCAGUUGUAUUCCUACUGUUGCAACAUGAAAUUCUUGAUUGUCUUCGCCUUGGCCUUGGUCGCCGUCUCCGCUGAGGAGCUGUACCAACGCGAAAUUGUCGUUCCCGUCUUGGAAGGUGAUGAGCGUAUCACCAAUGGGCAGACUGCCACGGUUGGCCAAUUCCCCUACCAAGUUGGUCUUUCCUUGAAACUCAGCGCCCUCUCCUCGGCCUGGUGCGGUGGUUCCAUCAUUGGCAACCAAUGGGUUUUGACUGCUGCUCACUGUACCGAUGGUGUCCAAUCUGUCACUGUCUACUUGGGCGCUACUGUCCGCACUUCCGCUGAAGUCACCUACACCGUCGACAAGAGCAACAUCAUCAUUCACUCCGGCUGGAACAGCAACAACUUGAGAAACGACAUCUCUUUGAUCAAGAUUCCCUCUGUUGCCUACUCCUCCAGAAUUCAAGCCGCCAGAUUGCCCGCCAUCUCCAGUUCUUAUUCCACCUAUGCCGGUGAUUAUGCCAUCGCUUCUGGUUGGGGCCGUAUCUCCGACUCUGCCUCUGGUGUCACCAACAACUUGCAAUGGGCCCGCAUGCAAGUCAUCACCAACAGCGUUUGCGCCGCUACCUAUGGUACCUCCAUUGUCGUUUCCUCCAACAUUUGCGUCUCGACCGCCGGUGGUGUUUCCACCUGCAACGGUGACUCUGGCGGCCCAUUGGUCUUGGAAUCCAACAAAAUCCAAAUCGGUUUGACUUCCUUCGGUGCCGCUGCCGGUUGUGCCAAGGGCUACCCAGCUGCCUUCACCCGCUUGACCAGCUACUUGGACUGGAUCAAGGGUUUCACUGGCAUCUCGUACUAAAUUAACAAGGUCAUCGCUCAAGACAUAAUUCCAAAAUAAACCAGAUGAAAAAAAUUAGUUGCGUUUGUGAUAAAUUGCCUUUUGAAUCCAUUGGAGUCGAAAAACAAAAU